ACAAAAGAUUUCGUCAUUGUUUUUCAGGGCGCUGAAGCUGUCGUAUGUUUGUUUCUCUCAGAGAGUUUCUUUUUUUUCGCGUACUAACACAUCUUACUACAUUUAAGAAGCGUAAUAUAAUAUAAAACAACAUUUAACAACAAUGUCAACGCAGAAGCUUGUAACACAAGAUGAUGGUCUUCACGACUCAUGGGUAGAGCUUCAUUUUGAUUCAAGCAGUGAGCAUAGUGAAGGCACACCAACCCUGUGUGAUAUCACAGACCUGGAAAAAAUGCUUCUGGAAGCCCAACGUGAGUCCAGCAGCAGUUCACGGACAAGCUCUCACUGUAGCAGUCCUCGACGAAUCCAGACACCUCCACUGGUCCAGACACCUCUACUUGUCCAGACACCUCCACUCGUCCAGACACCUCCAGUCAUUAGUCCAGCCUCCUUCAACAAACACACAAAUAUACAGGGAGAAGUCGUUACCGAGAACAAACAGGAAGCCGAGGCUGUCAUGAGGAUCUGUGACUGGUCCAGCCGUCCAGAGAAUGUACCACACGCAGCAUUUAUUAUUAAACGGCCAAAGAGGAACCAAAUGAGCAAAAGAAACACAACUAAACCUGAUGAGGAAAUGAACACACAUUUGCUGAAGCUAUUGCUGCCCUCCCUAGUCAUUACACACAUCUUAAUGCUUGGAUUGGGGAUCUGUAUUGGACGGCGUCUCACUACUCAGUGUUCUGCUAUCUAAGUCAUCAUAGCAAACAAAUGUGUGUAUGUUGUCUCAGGGUCUCUCUGGCACAGGCCAAAGAAAGCACCUGACAUCUUUUUCCUGGCAUUUGUUCUUCUGGGAAAAUUCAGGGCUUUGUAAGUGGACACUGUGAAAACACGAAACUCUCAGCAAUAACUUUUUCGGUUUCUAGCAGGGAGAUUUUUUUUGCCACAGAAUUUAUAUUGUGUAGAUAUGUAACUUCUACAUGGAAAUAUGACUUAUACAUUUCAGCCUUUUGAUUUGAGUUAAAAGUGUUAAAAUAAAUAAACAUAUAGUGUUUAGGUCACAUUGUAGUUUUUUUAAGCUGACCUGCUUUUGUUUUAUAACAGUCCAAGUAAAUAAAUACACAUAUAUUCCUUAUUCUGAUCAUGAUAUGCAAUGGAAAAUGCUCCAUAUUGCUGAAAAGAAUAAACUUGUGAAAGCCAAAUAUAUAAA